AGGACAGAGCCGGCAGUCUCUUCCCGACGGUGCUGGAGAUAGAAGGUGGCUCUGCUACUGAAUACGAUUUGUGCGAGCAAUGACAGACAACGGCAAAUACUUGGUGAUCACACCUGAGGAGGUGGCCUACGUCAGAGAGCAGUUGGGCACCAACGAGGAGGACAUCAAGACGUCUGUGACGUCACUCCGAGAGUGGCUCAGGAUGCAGCCACACUUACCCGACGCCGUAGAUGACUCCGUCAUUGAGCGAAUGUACAUCAACUGCAAGUGCAGCAUGGAGAAGGUGAAACUGGGAUUAGACGCAUACUUCUCCCUCAAACACAAAUUUCCCGAGUUACUUAUGAACAGAGAUGCAGAAUCAAGCGAGUUCCCGUUUGCAAUGGAGCACUUCAAAAUGAUGAUUAUGCCACGACUCACAAAGGAUGCAUAUCGCGUGCACGUCUGGACCGCAGUGGACGAAGACUCGACCAAUAUAAUUUGGCCCCUGUAUGGUAAGAUAGUGACCGGUGCACUGGAAGUUCUGUUGGCCAAAGACUACUCUCUUGGAGAUGUCAUCAUCUUCGACUUGGCCAACGUGAAUGCCGGACACAUCGUGCGUGCAGAUAUCAACCUCAUCCGCAAUCUUGAACUCUGCUACAAGACUGCUUACCGCCGGAGGUUGAAAGGAGUUCACUUAGUGAAUGCAUCGAAGAUUCUACAUUCAGCCAUGAAAAUAGUGAAGCUGGCGCUAUCUGAAAAGUUGCAAAAGAGGGUGUUCGCGCACCUUCCAGGAUCGACGACUCUGUUCGACUACGUGCAGCCUGACUGCGUACCAGACGAGCUGGGAGGCACUGCCGGACCUGUUGAUAACUUUUCCUACAAACUUUUGGAGGUGGUCAACCGUGAGUGGCUUCUGGAAAAGGACAAGUACAUGUCAGACGAGAGCAAACGCCCCGCCGAAAACCACAACGGCGACAUCUACGGCAUCGCAGGCUCAUUUAAAAAAUUGUCCGUGGACUGAAACACAACUCUUCUUUUCAAGAUAGAGAGACGACAUUUUUAUACACGUGUACAUAUUGUAUAGGAUUACCUGUAGCCAAUAAUCUGAAAUAAACCGUUCUCUACUAUGUCACUUAA